CAUGCGCUCUUCGAAACUCUUUUAUUGAAGAGCUACAGAGAUUGACGAUGUUUGUUCUCACAGGUCGUUGAUAUUUGUCUUGCUUGCUGGCUUGGUCUGUUUACAGACUGUUAACUCUUUAAUUUUGAAAAAUAUCGGUGCUGGGAAAACCACUUAUAAUCUUAAACAAAAUUCUGACCUUCUGAUACUAGUAACACAUCAGAUUUAACAAGAAAUGGAAGAACAAGGGUGCCCACGAUGCAAAACAACGAAGUACAGAAAUCCAUCUUUGAAAUUACUUGUCAAUGUUUGUGGACAUUCAUUGUGCGAGAGCUGUGUAGAUAUGCUCUUUAUCAAAGGUUCUGGUGCAUGUCCACAAUGUGGCACAGCUCUGCGACGAAACAAUUAUAGGCUGCAAGUGUUUGAGGAUGCAACAGUGGAGAAGGAAGUUGAUAUUCGCAAAAGAAUUUUAAGGGACUUCAACAAGAAAGAGGAAGAUUUUCCUGAUCUCAGGUCAUAUAAUGACUAUCUGGAGAUGAUUGAAACAGUUGUGUUCAAUCUGACCAAUGGUGUUGAUGUGGAAUCUACACGCAAGCUGAUAGAACAGUACAAAAAGGAAAACAAAGACUACAUAAAGAAGAAUCAGUCAAAGCUGAGCCGGGAUGAAGAGUAUCUUGAGCAGCUCAUAGAGCAAGAGAAGCAUGAAACAGCCAUCAGGCGGCAGCUUGCAGCCGAAGAAGAGCAGGGUGAGAAAAACACCAAGCGUCGCAACAAAGAUGCACUCAUUGAUGAUUUGAUGUUCUCAGACCUUACUGCGCAGGCAAUCCUUGACAGACACAAAAAGGUAUCCUCUGUCAAGGAGGAAGAACAAAAGCCCCCAACAUUUUCUACUGGCAUCAGAAUUCAAAAUGUUUAUACACCAAUGGAUGAAACCACGGAACCAGAACCUUAUGUUUACGUCCCCAUUGUUUUGGAAACAAAUGGACCUCCUUUCCCAACCCUGGAUGAUAUCUUUAAACAAGGGUACCUUGCCAACGUUCGGAACUGUACCCCGUCAGAGCGGGCUGGUGGUUUUGAGCCACACAUAGCUUGUCAGCGGGCACUGAUGGAUGCCAUGUCUGGCUUGUUCUAUUUCCCUGCCGUGCACAAGCCUUCCCCUGAAACAUCUCUAGCUCCUACUUCCCAUGGACCUACUCCAUCCCCAAUGUAUAUUUCCUAGUCAAUAGCACUGUGCAUGUAUUGGUGCAUGCAUGUGCUUAUAUCAGUGAUGUGCGUAAAUGUGCAUUGGUAUAACUGUGAUUGAAAGCCAUUGAACGUUUGUACCAAGACUGGGCUGAUCUUUAUCUUGACUCAAAGUUGUGUUCCUGCACUAAUGAUGAUGAAAUGGCUUAAUACUGUU